AUGUCAACAACAAAAGAUACCACUAAUGUACCUAAGUGGUUAGAAGCCCAACUGUUCAUUGGCAUUCUGAAAGAAAAUGUACCAAAUUUUAAAGAAAUUAAAGAAUUUAAAGCAUAUGCUGGUCUUCCGGCUGGUGAAAAUUAUUCCACCGUUAUGACUCGGAUUGAGAUUGAUGUACUAUUGGAAGAUGGUUCAACGAUUACGAAAUUUUUUAUACUCAAAACCGAACAUGAAUCAGAACUCUACAAAGAAUUAACCGAAGGCACUGACUGCUUCCAAUAUGAACACGUCACAUAUCAAGAACUUAUACCGGCAUUUGAAAAAUUAUAUCGUCAGGCGGGUAAAGACAUUAGUUUCGGUGCAAAAUAUUAUAAAUUGCCCACCGAGAAAGGUCAUCUGCUAUUGGAGGAUCUGUGUCAACGAAAUUUUAAAAAUGCCAAUCGUUUGGAAGGUCUCGAUAUGAAACACGCUAAACAGGUGUUGAAAAAAAUGGCACAAUGGCAUGCCGUUUCGGCAGUCCAUAAGGAAAAUAUUGGUAAAUAUGAUGAGGAUCUAAUUAUCGGGGCCUAUAAUGAGAAGCUGCGUAAGGGGAUUAGCAGUUUCUUUGAGGGUAUGACCAAAUAUAUGUUACGCUGUCUGCAUUUAUAUGAAAAUCAUGAAGACUACAAGGAGAAGAUUGAAAAACUCCUCCACUGUGUCAUCGAUGAGCUGUGGAAAGCCACCAAGGUGGACGAAACGGAAUUCAAUGUCCUCAAUCACUGUGAUUGCUGGACCAACAAUAUCAUGUUCCAAUACGAUGAGGCGGGCCAAUUAUUGGACAUCUAUUUUGUUGACUUGGCAAUGCCGAAAUAUGGCAGCCCCGCCCAAGAUUUAAUGUAUUUUAUUUUAUCUUCUCUGCAAGCUGAUAUAAAAAUUAAACAAUUCGAUCAUUUGAUACAAUAUUAUCAUGAAAAUUUAUUGGAACAUCUAGAACUGUUACAAUAUUCGAAGUCAAAACCAAGCCUCAGGGAGCUGCACAUGCUGCUGCAUAAAUAUCGCAUUUGGGGUUACUGCACAACAGUUGGUGUCCUGGCCGUUGCCCUGCUAGACUCUUCGGAAAUAUCGACAUUUGAUAAUUUUCUCGGAGACAGCGAUGAUGGUGACAAAUUCAAAUUGAUGAUGUUCACCAAUAAACGUUAUGUCCAACAUGUCAAUGUCAUAUUGCCAUGGUUGUUAAAUCGUGGUGCAUUGGAUUUUUAA